AGACAGCAUCACACAGCAUCCGAACGUCGCAGCGAGAACAUCUCAGCACGCAUUCUUCUAUUCAACGCACACACACAAAACUAUCUACGAAAAACCAUCUCAAAUGUCGGCCAUCAGCAAGCAGAAGAACUUCACCACCAUGUACAAGUCGAAAGUGUCGCCCUCCAGGCGCCUGAAGAACCUGCUCAAGCCGCUGCUCGGCCACGUCUUUAACCUGAAGAAGGAGCAGCCCAAGAGGAGCUCCUACAUUGCCUCCGAGGAGAAGGAGGCCGAGUUCGAGUGGCUCAGCAACGACAUGGACAACAUGGCCAACGAGCAUCUGGAGAACCGCCUGAUCGAAGAGAUCCGCCAGUGCGCCAAGGAAGACGCGGUCAUCGUUUACAAUGAGAACGGCUCCGGCGAACUGCAGACCAUUGACCAGGAGGACUACUACGUGCCCGUCCACUUCGCCCGCACCAAUGCCGGCACCUUCUUCUGGACCUCGGUGCAACCCAAGGCCUGCGAGCCCUACGCCAUCGAGUGGAACUUCCUGGAUCGCUGGGCUCAGGCUUGAAGCAAUCUCCUGGAGCUGAAACAUUCAACCUUGAUCAGCAAUGGGGGUUUUCAACUUUCAAUUGGGACAACUUCAACUGGACUGAAGCUCGGCUCUCCAGCGGGAUGGGUACUCCAGAGUUUGGGCACUUCGACUCGGGGUUCAUCUUUGGUCUUUGGCAGCGCUUUUGGGAUUUUUCGACUCACUGAAAAUUCCAAAAAAGCGAUUGGGUAACCACAUUUAUUGGUGGCGGGAGGUAUUCCAACAAUUAUCAUAUUUUUUGCUGUGCAAAAAUGGGUUUCAAUUGUUCGGGGUUUUUAAAAACAAAUGUUAACAAAAACAAAAAAUAAACAAUGAAAACA